AUGCCCAAACGAAAGCACGAUGAGCUCAGCGCUCCCCCGCGGCCGCGCGCCAGUGACACCCGCAAAUUGUCGAUCCACGGCACCCGAUUGACGCAGAUGUACGAAAAUGGUGUGCAGAUGAUUUCGCGGGGUCUCAAAAUCUCCCGCGGCUUCGAGCGACAGAAGCUCAGUCGCCGAGAGAAGACCGCGAAGUCGCAAAAAGACGAUAAGGCCCUGGCCCGUCUGAAGGAAGAGAUAGAAAUCCUCAAGGGUCUCGAUUACCAGACUGUCUCCGAGCGAUAUCUUUUCAAACAACUGGUUAGGACGAAGCGGAUUGCGGAAACACGGACGUUUGGCGAAUUCCAAGGAGUCAAGAAGGUGUCUCAGGAAGGUCCGAAGAGCACCGCCGAAGCUAACAUCCUUGCCCGACUAUUCAAAUCCACACCCGUGCAAAAGGAAAUUCCAGGUAUAAUGGCCGGAAUCCGCAAGCUGUUGAAGGUGGAUGAAGCACCAGCUGCCAAGAAGGACGGCGACAAGAAAGAAUCUGCAGCAAAGAAGAAGUCAGCCAAGGCCAAAGACGACUCAGAGUCAGAAUCAGAGACGACGACAAAACGCCAGCGCGGCGAGCAGGUCUCCCGUGCAGACGACAUGGAAAUUUCAGGCUCAGACGAAUCCGGAGACGAACUAUCGCAGUUUGAUGCUCGACUUGCACCAGGCUCGGAUUCCGAAGCCGAUUCAGAAUCCGGUGAUGAAGACGAAGACGCAGAUGACAUUUCCGAUUCCAUAUCCCGAUCUCCCUCGCCCGCAUUUUCAGGUGCGGACUCUCCACCACCCAAGAAAGCAAAAGCCACCAAAGGAUCUGUUGCACCUGCGCAGAAUACGACUUUCCUUCCUUCGCUCAUGGCCGGAGGCUACUGGUCUGGCUCUGAAGAAGCCACUGACGAGGAAGCCGAAGCUCAACCCAAGCGGAAGAACCGUAUGGGUCAGCAGGCUCGUCGGGCUCUGUGGGAGAAGAAGUUCGGCGCUGGGGCGAACCAUGUCAAGCACGAGCAGAUGCAGGAGAAGAUGGCUGCCAAGUAUGGUUAUGGCAGUAGAGAUAAUGGAUGGGAUGCCAAGCGUGGUGCUACUGAAGGUCCAAGGGGGAGAGGUGGCAAGCGUGGUGCCUUUGGUGGCUCUGGGCGGUUCAAUAAACACGACGGCUCUGGUCAUGCUGGUGAUAGCAAGCCUGGCAAGCCUGGCAAGCCCAAGGGUCCGCCCCAGGACGAGGGUCCCCUGCAUCCUUCUUGGGAGGCAAAGCGGAAAGCCAAGGAGCAGGCUCCAGCUGCGUUCUCCGGCAAGAAGGUCACUUUCGAUUAA